AUGAAUUCCCAUUCAAAGCACCAUCAGGUCCUUCGACUCGUUCCAAAGAGUGAUGGCCAUCUGUCUCUCAUCAAGGACCUGCACAACAUGAUAGAGCUGGAGCUUGACAUCUGGAGGGAAGUGAGUGAUGUGGGCUUUCCUGUGGAUAUCAGAGUUCCAGUGCAUCAAUUAAAGAUGGUCAAACGUUACCUGAAGGCCUACGAUAUACAGUUCUCCACCAUGAUUAAAGACUUGCAGGUGUUGCUGGAUGAGGAGCAAAAAGCAAUGGAGUCUGCUUCAGCCCGUGUCCCUGAGCCCAGAAACACUGAUAACUUUGACUUUUCUAGCUACCACAACCUCAGUGAGAUCUACUCCUUUCAUGACAUGCUGGUGGCUGAGAACCCCAACUUGGUGAGCAAGAUAGUGAUUGGUCAGAGCUAUGAGGACCGUCCCCUUAAUGUGCUCAAGUUCAGCACUGGUGGAACCAACCGCCCUGCCAUCUGGAUUGAUACUGGAAUCCACUCAAGAGAAUGGGUCACCCAGGCCAGCGGACUAUGGUUUGCCCAGAAGAUUGUGACUGAUUUUGGACGUGACCCUAAACUCACCGCAGUCCUCAAUCAGAUGGACAUCUUUCUGGAGAUUGUGACCAACCCUGAUGGCUACGCCUUCACCCACACCAAUUCCCGUAUGUGGCGUAAGACCAGAAAACCUAAUCCCGGGUCCCUUUGUGUUGGUGUUGAUCCCAACAGGAACUGGAGAGCUGGUUUUGGAGGACCUGGUUCCAGUGGCGACCCCUGUUCACAGACCUAUCGUGGACCCAUAGCUCAGUCUGAGUCUGAGGUCAAUUCCAUUGUGAGAUUUGUGAACUCUCACAACAUUAAGGCCUUCAUCUCCAUCCACUCCUAUUCUCAGUUGCUCAUGUUUCCCUAUGGCUACACCAGGACUCCGAUCAAGGACUAUACUGAGCUGGAUAACCUAGCACAAAAGGCUGUCACUGAUCUGGCGUCCCUGUAUGGUACUUCCUACAAAUUUGGCAGCAUCAUCAACGCCAUCUACCAAGCCAGUGGUGGGAGCAUUGACUGGGCUUACAACCAGGGAAUCAAGUACUCGUACACCUUUGAGCUGAGGGACACCGGCCGCUAUGGCUUCCUCCUCCCUGCAUCUGAGAUCAUCCCCACCGCUCAGGAGACUUGGCUGGCUCUGAUGACCAUCAUGGAUCACACCCUCAAGAACCCAUACUGAUCUGUGUACAAAUAUAACCACUUAAGCAUCAUCUUCAAGACUAAAAUCACUGUUGUUAUAUUCAGUGGAUUUUUAGCCAUUGUGAAAGUUACAAAGAAAUAAAUGAUCAUGCAUUGAAAUUGGUACUUCCAUGUAUUAUGAUUUAAUUUAGGUUCUAUUGCACAAAUAUUUAUGCAAGAUUUAUCUUUUUUCUUUUUUUACCAUUACUAAAAGCACUAUUGAACCAUUUUUUAAACUGCAUUUUACAUUUACAG